AUGAGAUCGAGUAUUGGCAGAGCCAAGGCGUCUGCUCAUACCUUGAGCCGAUCUUUCACAAAUGCCAGAGCUCACAAUAGUGCUCUGGCGAUCGGUUUUGGCGUUGAAGACGGAAAAAGAUUAGCACACCAGAGUUUUGUGGAAGGGACUUCGAGAGAUGGUACCUUCACCACCGCUAAAUCCGCGGCUCCCAGCUUUAUGCAAAGUUUCCUCUCUUGUGAGUCUCAGCAUUUGCAACCAGCUCAGCCCACUACUUCUUCGGAUCAUACACAACUUUCCGCACAAGUCAAGAAGAAGAUCCAGAUGUUCAUUGAGAAGAACAUGUUCAUUGACUUGGCAGAGGCUCUUGCUGCAUGGACACUGCCGAGCCUGGCACUACCUUGGAACGAGGUUCUUACUAGAGAAGAGCUUUCUCACCUAGUUGGAGAAUUGGUCAACCAACAAGCUCGAGUACUCACGCAGUCCAACGCAUCCAAAUUCAUGGAGGACAACUCAUACCUGGCAGUAUCACAAUAUAGGGAUGCUCACCGAUUCAAGAGACUUAUACGUGAAAUUUUCGCCAACUUGUUGGGGAAGGACGGUCAUCUUUACGCUCAAAAAUUAGAAUAUUCUGUGGAUUUAACACCCAAAGAGUUUGAGAAUAUCAUCAACUUGGAGUUGCAAAACGGUAAGUUGGACUUAGCUUCUCUUUGGUUUCAGUACUUGGAAAAGCAACACCCUAAUGGGCAACAUUACACACAAAUGACACGCGAACUUUGGCUCUUGAAAUUCAAGGUUUCUGCAGGGGGGUACUCUCCACUUUGGAUCAUUGACACCGGCGGUUUGUAUGAUCAUGAUUUCAAUACUCGACAGUCAUUCUUGGCGUCAGAGACACAAUGGUUACGUAUUUUUGACGAGUACUCUAGAUACCAAAAGCUCCUGCUGGGCUGUGACAAGGUUGUGCUUGAUAAAGAGCUUGUUAAAUGCAUGAUCAACUCUGUGGCAUACAACAAAAACAUUCGCCAGGUGUAUCACAUCAUUGAGCAGAAUUGGGGAAUUCUCCCGACUGGUGAACUAGUAGCCGGAUUCCAAAAACCUACUCACAAUGACCUACUAUAUCCUGACAAUGGGCUCUUGGCCACGAUUGUCGUGGCUCUGAUUUUUAACAGUGACUUCCGCUCUGCACUUGCGUUCAUUAAUGGCUUUCAAACCAACUAUGAUAUCGAUUUACAAGAGAACAAGGUGUUCUGGGACGACAUAUUCCGCUGGAGCGACUCCAAAACGCGAUACAGAGAAUACAGAGCGCUUCAAAUUUAUCUUAAGGAAACAAAAUGCAACGCUGUUGUUGCACCAACUAGUAAUGCUACACUCCAAUCUACUUUACGCCAGGCGCAAGCGUCACCCUCAUUCGAUUACCAAGGAUAUUUGGAGUACAUCAACGGGCUCCGCUCUAUGCGUGUGAGUCUAUUCCAAGAAUUGUGGAAGUGUUACAAAGAGUGCAAACCUGGCUAUAGUACAAGACCCUUCGAGACAUACCUCAAGAUCAUCAAAGAGGCGCCUGAAGAUAGUUUGUGCUAUGACUUGCUCACAGACUUGUCUCGUGAGUGGCUGGCCUCAUAUGUGAACGAGGAAUCAUUCAAUAAGUCGUGGUCCUAUAAGAAUACCGACCGCAUUGAGCAUCAGUAUAUCUCGACUUUGAAAACUCUCCUUGAUUGCAAAGGAGAUUCCGGUGAAUUUGCGGAGCUCAAACACAUUAUCAACAAAUGGAGUCUUACUGAGGACAUGAAAUUGAUCAUGGAGAGAUGGCUAGGUAGUAGAGAGCCCCAUUACUACAAGAUAGCCGCAGCCCGAGCCGAAAGAGACGAGCAGAACAGGCUUAUCGAGGAACAAGAAGAAUUCUUGAACAUUUUCUAA